AUGUCGAACCGACAACAGGCUCGCGAUAUGCAAGUCGAGUUCCAGGCUCGCUUCCAAGCCAAGCAAGCCCGUCGCGAGGCCCAAAAGGCCGCAAAGCAGGACCCCCUCCUGCGCAAACAGAUCCAGGAGCUUCUGAGAAAAGGCGAGACCGCAAAGGCCUACCAGAAGGCCAAGAUGCUCCUCUCAAAGCAGGCCCUUGCCGCCCAGAUGGACCAGAUGGCCGACAUGGCCGAGCUUUCGGCAUCCCAGAUCCAGGCCAACAACGCCAUGAACCGCAUGACACACAUGAUGGGCCAGUCAUCGCGCACCAUGAACAUCGCCCAGCGCACCAUGAACCCCGAGCGCACCCUUACCACCCUAGAGCAGUUCCGCACUCAGAACGAGGAGUAUGCCAUGAGCAACGGCAUCUACCAGGACGCUAUUUCGCAGAGCACGAGUGCCCAGGUCAGCGAGGAUGCAGUGCACGAACUGCUAGGAAAGCUGGCCGACGACGCCGGUGUCCAGCUGAACAGCGAGUUGAACGCCAACGAACCGAGCAAGGCUGAGCCUGUAGGACCCCAAACGACCGAGCCGACGGCCGAGGAGGAAGACGCACUGCAGCAGAGACUGAGGGCUCUGAGAGCCUAG